AUGAGCCGGUUCAGUCUUGGAGGUAAGUUUGCAAUACGAAUUUCUAAUGAAAUAACACAACUUUUUGUCGGAAUUAAAGGCUCAAUCCGUCUCCACGAUCUCCUAGAAGCAUCGGACGAUGAAUACGGCUUCGUGCGCACUGAAGUAGAGCGAGCGUUGGAUUGUCGAGAUGCCACAGAAGAAGAGAUUAUGAGAGAGUCGCCAGUACCAGUGCGAAUCAAUUAUAAGCUUCCCGAAGAGCAUGUCAUUCCGGCAGGUGGUGAAGUACAGAGGACGUCGACGACUCCGUGUGGGUCUGUAGAUGAAAGCGAGCAGAAAGACAAGGUGUCGAUUGGGUCAAAUGAUUCGGGAAAAGUUCGUACAGAACAGAGCAAAAUCGGAGCACUCCUUGACAAAGCCAAAAAGAAGACACAUAAACUGGUAUCCAGCAGAAAGAAACAUAAUUCAGAAUGCGGAACAGCCGAAGCGUCACCAGUACCCUCUAUGAGAUCGUUGGAUACGAUAAGCAAAUCAGAAGAACGAAUAUCAUCCAGAAGAUCAUCUGGAGGAUCUGCCGACCAACUGAAACGUUCAUCGAUGCCUGGAAAUUCCAACUUGGAUGAUGAGAGUAACGAGAUUCUGGAAGAGAUGAUAGCUAGAAAAAGUCCGAAUCAGACAUUGAUAGACCCAGCAGAUCCAUCGGACCCAUUCCUAGUACAAUCGCUCAUUCAUAAAUGCCGAGUCCUUCCUUUCUUCCGUGCUCGUCUCGUAAUUUUCGGUACCCUCAUCGCCCUGACUAUUGCAUCCCCCGGCUUCAUCACUGGCAUACUAUGGGGUUUCUACUCAACUGUCAUCGGAUUCCUCUACUUUUUUGUCAGCGAGCCGAAGCCAAAAGAAGAACAGGUUGAACAUAUUUUUUCAAAAGAUGAAUGGUUCGUCGGAGAAGAGGAGGAAGUUGAACGAGCUGUUGUGAGUCCACUUGGUGUUGACAACAUCGACGAUCAAGGGUUCGGAUUAGGAGAAGGUGUCAUUUAUCGUGGAUGGAUGAAUGAAUUGAGAACCCGAUAUUCUCCUGCCAACUAUCACGUCAACUCGGCUCAAUCCGUUUUAGUUCGACUCGAAGGAUCAAUGCUUCGAAUCUGUCGACCAGCGAAAGCAGUUUUAAAACAUGCAUUUUACGACGAUCCAACAUUGAAGCAGAAUCAGCCAUCAAUGGUCUCGCAAGUCAUUUAUGAUAUGAAGGACGCUCAAGUUUCUCUCCGCCCGAAACGUUUGGCUCGUCGCAGAUGGUGGAGUCGAAAAUAUCCAAUUCACAUUCGGUUUGCACACUCAUCAAGCUCGCUCAUCGAAACUGAUCACUCUACAAAGGCCAAGUCUCGUGGAAUGUCACGAUCCGCAUCAAUGGCUCCUCAUCCAAAUAUAUCGGAGAGUGGUGCUAACUUGCGAAAGAAGAGUAUUUCUGAUGAUGAGACGGAUGGCUACACAGCUGAGAGUGAAACCGAAGGAGAGGAAGAGCAGAGGAAAGUGGUCCGUUGUAAUUCAGCAUCCGAUAUUCACGAAUUCAAAGAAAGUAGAACUCAUAAAAAGCGAGGAAGGAGCAUCUACCUGUUCGUAAGAGCAGCCAGAGAGAAAGAGCGAUGGUUCCAUUUGCUCCGAGAGGCGUGUGCUCGUGCUAGAAACUCCCCACAAGUUCGUCGUUGUAUGUCUGUCAUCGUGAAAACAUGUUCAUCUGCGUCUCUUCCUGAAGAGAUUUUCAAUGGCGAAGACGGUGCAACGAAUACAAGUGUCGCUGUUGAUGCUCUCACAGCUGAGAAAGAAGAUUUUAACGAUGCCUUGUUCAACUCUCCAAAACGAACACGUCUUCCCAAGGAGUACGAAUAUCUGAAAUACCGAAGCAACUAUGCAUCUUUUGUCAAACAAAUCGCCACGAUUCUCUCUGUACAAGUUCCGCCUCGACCCGAGCGAAAUAGUACUGUAUCUGUUGAUUUGGGAACGAUGAAAUGGGCACCAGGAGCGCAACAAAUUUCAACAGAGCUCGUUGACAGCAUUAACGUUCUUGCCACCAGAAUAUUCUUUGACUUCUGUCGUGAUGAUUUUUGGAUUCGUCAAGUGAAACAGAAAAUUCAAAGCAAACUGGCCACGAUUCAUCUUCCUUAUUUCAUUGAGAAACUGGAAUUAGGUGAAUUGAAAUUUGGAACCGUGGCACCGAAAUUCACAGCAGUGUAUACUCCGAAAGUUGACGAAUGGGGAACCUGGGUGGAUUUUGAGAUGAAAUACAAGGGCGGAAUCCGUUUGGUCCUCCAGACAAGCGUAAAUUUGAUCAAACUCCAAAGUGGUUCUCAACAAGUGGAUACGGAGAAACGAGUGAAUAGGUGGACAGAAUCGAUUCGAGUUACCCGCUACUCGGAUUCCGAUCUACCUGAAAGUCCCGAGAGCAGCCCAGAUGAAGAUUUUGGAGCCAAGAAUAAUUCAGAAGGAAACACCAAAGAAAAAACAGGAAAGAAAAUUCUGUCGAUUGUUGAACGAGCAGCACAAAGCUCAUUUUUCCGAAAAGCAGCGAAACUUCAAGCUGUGGCAAGAUUAAUCGAAGAUGUCUCCACUACACCUCUGAUUCUGAAUGUUGAAGUCGAAGAAGUCGAAGGACCAAUGACUUGUAACAUUCCACCACCUCCGAGUGAUCGUUUAUGGUAUGCGUUCCGUAAGCGCCCAGUUUUCAAACUUCGUGCGGUUCCUCAAGUUGGUGAUCGUUCAGUGGAUCUAUCAACUGUUAGUGAAUGGAUUGAAACGAAGCUUCGUCAAGUUCUUGAGAAGAAUCUCGUGUGUCCAAACAUGGACGAUAUCAUUCUACCUGUGCUAUCCGGGAACCCUCUCCUUCAUAUGGGAUACAAUAGAUGA